AUGCUUUCCGUUGGAGCGCUCAUCUGGAUCUCGUUUCGACCGUUGUUACGAUUGAUCAUUUGUGCAGGCGCUGGUUAUGCCAUAACCAAAGCCGACAUCUUUCCUCUGGUUGCAGCGCGAGGCGCCAGUCAGGUUAUUUUGUACAUCGCCAUUCCAUGUCUUCUCUUUUCGAAGAUUGUACCUUCAUUCAAUGCGGAUAAUAUCCGCGCAUUUGGACCCCUGGUUCUUGUGGCAUCUCUGUACGAGAUCAUGGGGAUCGCUUCUGCUUGGAUUAUCAAGCAAUUCUUCUGGGUUCCCCAUCGGUUUCGGAAUGGGAUACUGGUAGCCGGAGGUUGGGGAAACGUUGGCGACAUACCGACGUCGGUCAUUAUGAGCGUCACGGCGGCUGCUCCCUUCAAUGCCGCCACGGACCAGGAUCUUUCUGUGGCCUACAUUUCUGUGUUCAUCCUGGUCUUCACCGUUUCGCUCUUCCCGAUGGGAGGACACCGGUGGAUAGCGAAAGACUAUGAAGGACCGGAAGUAGAGCAUGAAGAAGUACAGGAUGAACUUAGGGCGAAGCGCACCGUGCUCCUGUCGUGGUCGCGUCGAUGCCGCUCAAAACCUCACGACGAGGAGAAGUGGGAAGAACGCGAUUCGAGCUCGAGUUCCCCUGCUGCCGUUACAGGAAGCGAAGCUAACUUGAAUUCACCUCCCACACUUCAGCUUCGCCGAUCGACGAUUCAGGACUCCGUCGCCGAGAAGCCACCUCGGAUAGGAGACGAUUCCUCUCCUCCCAGCGAUUUGGGCUUCAUUUCGCGACAGGAUACUAUCGACAAUACCGUCAUCGCCAACACCGCUACUCCAAAAGACGAUUCUGAUCCUCAGGCUCUCAACUGUAACGUUCACGAACCCGCUUCCCCGAAGCCACCAGGGAAGCUAAAACUCAUUCUCGCCCAAGUUCGAGAUUUCGUCCGAGGACUAUUAUCCCCACCUUCGAUUGCUAUCUGCGUCGCACUCCCCAUCUCCCUCGUCCCAAAACUCAAGGCGCUGUUCGUCCCGGUAGCGGGGGUGGACAUGCCUUCCGCGCCUGAUGGGCUCCCUCCUCUCGCUUUCGUCAUGGACGCGACUAUCUUCAUUGGCGCGGCUUCCGUACCACUUGGUUUGAUCUGUCUGGGCUCUGCUCUAGCGAGGCUGAACGUUCCGAGGAAUCAGUGGAAGGCGCUGCCUUUGGGCGCAAUCUCGUCGCUGGCUGUGGCGAAGCUGCUUAUCAUGCCGAUCCUUGGAGUUCUCAUUGUCCAAGGACUGAUUCUGCUCGUGCUUGCCUACAGCAACUACGCAGGUACUAUCCACCUUUCCGUCUCGGUUUAUCUCACCCAAGUGUACAGCGGCACUGGGAGCGCAGAACACCUGUCAGCAUUCUUGAUUCCCCAAUACAUCCUCAUGUUCUUUUCCAUGACUGCACUUACUGCUUACACCAUACAGCUCCUAUUCUAG